AAAGUUUUGUGGGUUACGGUCAUGCAAAUGUAAAUGUGCUGUUCGUUGGGGCUUUAAUUUGUGACCAGGCCGCUUCUGAAAAAAGAGCUAUAUAGUUCAGUGGACCUCAUCUGGUAAAAUCAAAAUGGUUAACUUUCGGUAUAUUUUGUAACCCGUUUCUCUGUGGCCUACUUGCAGAGCCUACCAUCCUCGAGGUGUCUCCUUCGAACUUCAUCCAGGAGGGAGACACCGUCACACUGACCUGCGUCACUUAUGGUCUCUUACCUCAUAUUAUAUACACCUUCUUCCAGGAGUCAAUUCAGCUUGGUGAUGAACGCACUGAGAACGUGUGGACGAUCCCAGAUAUUAAGCGGAAUCAAAAUGGUGUUUAUAGUUGUCAAGCUCGUGAUACUGUGGAGACCACAGUUCGGGCAGAACAUGACAUAAACGUGCAUUAUAUUGAGAGGCUACAAAUACUGGGAAUUCCCGAUGGGGAAGUCAACGAAGGGGAUAACAUCACGAUGACGUGCAGCGCAAGCUCAUCUGGGAAUAUCACCUACCAUUGGAAUAAGGAUGGCAAAUGGAAUGAAGAUGGCCACAUUCUCACUCGCCUCCACGUGUCCUUAUCUGAUUCUGGGUCAUACACGUGUGUUGCUGGAUUGGUUGAAGGCUCAAUAUUUGUAGACAAAACAGAGAACAUCAUCGUGAAGGGUAUUGAUGGAGUACAAAUAUUGGGAGUUCCAGAAGGAGAGGUCAACGAAGGAGAAAACAUUUCGAUGACGUGCAAUGCAAGAGCAUUUACAAAGAUCACCUACCACUGGAAUAAGGAUGGCAAACGGAAAGAAGAUGGCCACAUUCUCACUCGCCUAAACGUGACCUCAUACGAUUCAGGGUCAUACACGUGUGUUGUUCAAUUGGAGGACGGCUCGAUGUCCGUGAAUGAAACAGUGAACAUCACCGUAAAGGGUAUUAACGAGGUACAGAUACUGGGAGUUCCUGAUGGAGAGGUCAACGAAGGAGAAAACAUUACAAUGACGUGCAAUGCAAGAGCAUUUAGAAAAACCACCUACCAUUGGAAUAAGGAUAGCAAAUGGAAAGAAGAUGGCCACAUUCUCACUCGCCUAAACGUGACCUCAUACGAUUCAGGGUCAUACACGUGUGUUGCUCAAUUGGAGGACGGCUCGGUGUCUGUGGAUGAAACAGUGAACAUCACCGUGAAGGGUAUUAACGAGGUACAGAUACUGGGAGUUCCUGAUGGAGAGGUCAAUGAAGGAGAAAACAUUACGAUGACGUGCAAUGCAAGAGCGUUUAGAAAAACCACCUACCAUUGGAAUAAGGAUGGCAAACGGAAAGAAGAUGGCCACAUUCUCACUCGCCUAAACGUGUCCUCGUUAGAUUCAGGGGCAUACACGUGUGUUGCUCAAUUGGAGGACGGUUCGAUGUCUGUGGCUAAAACAGUGACCAUCACCGUGAAGGGUCCAUGGCUGUUUUGGAUCUAUAUAGCUUCAGGAGUUGUUGGUGCUAUAGCAAUAAUCUUAAUAAUUGUGGCAAUCUACUGCAUCCACAAAAGAGGAUGGCACACUUUGACCGGGAGUGUGGUGUACAGUAGAGCCUCUGGUCACGAACAUGUGAUGCUGCCGCCGCGAAGCUGCUCGGCGGGCGCCCCAUCUACAACCUCGCCACCACCAAGCGACGGGGCCGACCCCGCUUCCCCCUCACCGCUCCCCACAUAAACACACCCUCACACAAUUCAACCCCAUAGAGCUCGGAGGGGAGGUCACCUGGCCAACAGGUUUUCACCCGAAAGCCCUCAUAGGGAUAAUCUUCACGGUUUCCUGCGACCAGGGAAUUGGGUGACCUCCCCCGAUGCUAAUUCGCACCGCGGCGCUGUGACCUGGGUUGAGAUUUCAUGGUCCCGGCAGGGGCUGCCCAGCCACCACGGUUGAAACGCACCCCCCCCCACACACACGGAUCGGCAAGGCAGGCAGGGGGGGCCGCAGCCACGAACGAGGGGAGAAGCCAGGGUGGACGGCUGAUUGGCAUAGCGGGUGUGCUCGGGGGCCGCCGCCGCGCAGCAGCCCGUGGCGAGCCCUUUGUUACGGAAACCGCGGCUGAUUAGCAUAGCAAAAGCGCACGUGGACCAGCGCCGCAGCCAGCGGGGGCCCAUUGUUCGGGAAACCGGGAAUGCGGCUGAACCGGUACGGCGACCUGAUUGGCCGAGAAGGCCUUCGGGGUGGCUUUCUUUGAUGUAGGUUAACGAUAAAAGGGGGGCGCAGACAGGUAGAGCCCUCUCUUGCUCCAAAAGUUAGCCCUCGGGACGGUCUCCAGCUCGGCCACUCGAACGUCCGUGUGACGCGUCGAGGUGAGCCGCGAGGACGAGACCACCGGAACGCCGUGCGCAUCUAACCGUGGGUAAGAGGAAAGAGAGUAUUGGGAUAGAGGCUAGAGAAACCAGAACCGCUUAGAGCCUAUCAAAUUAGAUAAAUCGGGUUCAGACCCUUGGGCGAUAGUGUAGACCUGCCUUGCCGAUCCAUACUGACCCACCAGUGAACCACAGUCGGCCGAUAAUAA